CAACGGUCUGCAGCCGGUCAGAACUCGUCCUCUUCCCCGGGAAUCUGCGAGCUCCCCCUUUUCCUCCGAUCAGGCGGAGGGAGGCAGCUUGAAGUUUACACCCCUGUGCUGCCGCCAAAGCCAAAAGCCUUUUUCUUCAACUGCCGCUUUUUCCCUCCUGGUUUUUGUUUUUGUUUUUGUUUUGCACCGGGUGUUGGGGGGUGGAGUGGGGUUUGUUGUUGUGCAGGGGGGGGGGUUGGAAGGUUGGUUUUAAUUUUUAAAUUUUGCAUAUUUUUCUUUCUUUUUUUUUUUAACUAGGAGAGGAUGUACAGGGGGAGAAAUUGGAAAAAAACAUUUUUUUUGUUGGCUUUUGUUUACCUGGUGUGUGUUGCAACCAGCUCUCUCCUUUUCUCUGCUUGCUAUCCCUGACCUUUCUUUCUUUUUGCUCCUUUUCAAAAAAAAUAUUAAUUUCCCCCUUCUGUGCAAUGGAGCAUGGGGGGGGGAGGAGGGGGAAGGAUUUGAGAAUCCACCCAAGCCCGGCCCCUAUUCCCCAGAACACCAAUAAUAACCCCCUUUAAAACAUUUACCUUCCUCCCCUGCUCCUCCUCCUCCCCCCUCCCCCCACCCGCCCCCAACUCACAACUCUGUUGAGUCCAGAAUCUCAGAAUCGGGCGUUGGGCUUUGCCGAGUGCUUCAGAUCAAUGGAUGAGUUCCACCCGUUCAUCGAGGCACUGCUGCCUCACGUCCGCGCCUUCUCCUACACCUGGUUCAACCUGCAGGCGCGGAAGCGCAAGUACUUCAAGAAGCACGAGAAGCGGAUGUCAAAGGACGAAGAGCGGGCGGUGAAGGACGAGCUGCUCGGCGAGAAGCCCGAGAUAAAGCAGAAGUGGGCAUCCAGGCUGCUGGCCAAGCUGCGCAAAGACAUCCGACCCGAAUUCCGCGAGGACUUUGUGCUGACCAUCACGGGCAAGAAGCCCCCCUGCUGCGUGCUCUCGAACCCCGACCAGAAGGGCAAGAUCCGGCGGAUUGACUGCCUGCGCCAGGCUGACAAGGUGUGGCGGCUGGACCUGGUGAUGGUGAUUUUGUUUAAGGGGAUCCCCCUGGAAAGUACUGAUGGGGAGCGGCUCUACAAGUCGCCUCAGUGCUCCAACCCCGGCCUGUGCGUCCAGCCACAUCACAUUGGAGUCACAAUCAAAGAACUGGAUCUUUAUCUGGCUUACUUUGUCCACACUCCGGAAUCCGGACAAUCAGAUAGUUCAAACCAGCAAGGAGAUGCGGACAUCAAACCACUGCCCAACGGGCACUUAAGUUUCCAGGACUGUUUUGUGACUUCCGGGGUCUGGAAUGUGACGGAGCUGGUGAGAGUAUCACAAACUCCUGUUGCAACAGCGUCAGGGCCCAACUUCUCGCUGGCAGACCUGGAGAGUCCCAGCUACUACAAUAUAAACCAGGUGACCCUGGGGCGGCGGUCCAUCACCUCCCCUCCUUCCACCAGCACCACCAAGCGCCCCAAGUCCAUUGAUGACAGUGAGAUGGAGAGCCCUGUUGAUGACGUGUUCUAUCCUGGGACAGGCCGUUCCCCGGCAGCUGGCAGCAGCCAGUCCAGUGGGUGGCCCAACGAUGUGGAUGCAGGCCCGGCUUCUCUAAAGAAGUCAGGAAAGCUGGACUUCUGCAGUGCCCUCUCCUCUCAGGGCAGCUCCCCGCGCAUGGCUUUCACCCACCACCCGCUGCCUGUGCUUGCUGGAGUCAGACCAGGGAGCCCCCGGGCCACAGCGUCAGCCCUGCACUUCCCCUCCACGUCCAUCAUCCAACAGUCGAGCCCGUACUUCACGCACCCGACCAUCCGCUAUCACCACCACCACGGGCAGGACUCGCUGAAGGAGUUUGUGCAGUUUGUGUGCUCGGAUGGCUCGGGCCAGGCCACUGGACAGCCCAACGGUAGCGGCCAGGGCAAAGUCCCGGGGUCAUUUUUGCUACCGCCGCCGCCUCCAGUGGCCAGACCUGUGCCCCUUCCUAUGCCUGAUUCCAAAUCCACCAGCACUGCCCCAGACGGCGCCGCCUUGACUCCAUCACCUUCAUUCGCAACGACAGGCACCGCCUCUGCCAACCGGUUUGUCAGCAUCGGACCCCGGGACGGCAACUUUCUGAACAUCCCACAGCAGUCUCAGUCCUGGUUCCUCUGAUAAGAUCAACAAAAGAACAAAAUGAAAAGAAGAGGUUCCUCAAAAGGGGGGAGAAGAAAUUUUAAGACAUGGAAAAAUCCCCCAGCCCAGCCCAGUCCCACCGAAAAGCAAAGAUUAGACGUCGUCAGCCACUCAGCCCUUCUCUCCUCCAGCCCGGGGACCCCCGCGGGCCCCAGAAACAGCCCAGUUCUUGGAGAGCCCUCUGAAGGGGUCUCGGUGGAGCUGUGUACCAGCAGGCAAGCAGAAAGAAAUAAGCGACAUAGACUCUGUCAAGUAGAGGACAGAAAGAAAGGAUGCAACUACCUUCCUCCACUGCCCACCCGUCCUGGCCUUCUGGGGAAGGAACAAAGUCCCCAAACAAAGCAACCAGCACAGUUCUGAAGGGGCCUCGCCCCCACUCACACUCUUCCUAGGCGAACCCCACCCUAGGGAGUGUGGAGGACCAGCUUGUAAAGAUGAUGGAGUGUAGGUCCCGCAGAUUCUUCCCCCCAGACUCCGCCCCUUCCUCUCUCAUUUUUUGCCCGGGCUCCGGCUUCUUCCUCCAGCUGCUCUGGACCAGGCUGGGAGGACAGCCUCCACUUCCCUUGCCCCACCCUCAGGCUAAAAGCCCCCAGGCGGGCAGGGAGCGACCCCUGGAGCUAGCUUCAGGAGCUCAGAAUGGAGGGUGUUCUGCUACCCACUCUGAGCCGCAGGGACAGUUCCCCGGGCCGGACCCCUCUGUACAGUCCGUAGGAUAAAGUCAGAAUGCUCUCGACGGCCUUGUUCCAGCCUGGGUCAGGCUUCUGCGUCUCUCUCCUUUCAGCCAAGCCUUGAGGGAACGGAGUUGGGCCCCAGGUCGCCCCCACCCCCAGCCCUGCAUGCAGGUGUCCUAGCUCCGCCCCAUCGGCCCCUGCCCUGCCCCUCACGCAGAUAGCCCUGCUGGGGCCAGGCCGGAGAGUGGAGCAGAAAGGGGACCCCGGAGCUGAGCGAGGAAGAACAGGCAGCCGCCACUGCCGUCGCUAAGCCACCACCUGCGCCUAGGUAGGCGUCCUGCUUGCCGACUUUCAGUUCCAUUGGAGGGUGUUGGGUGUUGUCCUUUUCAAAAGUGUUUUGGAGCUUUCUGUGCCCCCACCACCACCUACCCGCUACCCCCUCGGCCACUUCUCUCUGGGUUUUAGCUGUAAUGUCUUUACUCUUUAUUUAGGGGUGGGGCAUUGUUUGGGUCUUUUGCUGUUGGAAUUGGGAACUUCUCCAUUUGAGCAAUUUGGGAACAAUUUAGUAACACACCACAGGAAGUAGCUCUCCCCCCCCAGUCCCCUCCUCCCCUAAGGGAUAGUUGGGGGGGCCUGUCCAGAGGGUCUUCAGAAGCCCCCCUGGGAGGGAGGGGAGCAUGAGCACGCCCAGCCCCCUCCAGGGUGUGACUUGGCCCCCCUGGCUUGUCUUUCUGUGCCUUACUCCCUCCUCCUCGCGUCUCCCCUAGCCCCCUUCUCGAGUCCUUGUGCCUCUCUCUUCUCUUUCUUAACUGUAUGAAAACACAAAGCACAGGUCAGGAUCCUCUGAAAGUCAGUCAAUCCAACAUUGCACCACGUGUGGGUGGGUUAUGGGGUUUAUUUAUUGUGAAUCUUGUUUGUGAGGCUGUGGCCCUGAGCAGGCGGAGAGAGGCGGGAAGAAAGGGGACCGUUUGGGGAAGGGAGGAGGGCCACGACCUGGGGCUAAGGGGGCUUGCACGGGUAGUAGCCUCCUGCCCAGCAGGAAGCCAAGAGGUGGCUGCUUCUAGGGGUAGCUUUUAUUGGAAGUUGAGCGAGGCCUCACCCUUCUCAGCGUGGAAGGAUCCUAGGGCUGAGCGGCAGUGGAUCCCGCGGGGACCUCCCGGGGCGGGGGGGGUAAGGUCCCGGGGGUGGGGGGCCGGGGGGGCCGGGCUUGACGCGCGGUCAAAGUGCAAUGAUUUUUCAGUUCGGUUGGCUAAACAGGGUCAGAGCUGAGAGCGAAGCGAAGGGGCUCACUGCCCGGCCGCACGCGCCCUUCCCUCGAAGACAGGGCUUCGGGCGCUUUGGGCCCGCGGGAGCCGGAAUAUGCUGGGCGCCCGCCCGGGCAAGGUCGGAAGCUGCAGGCCAGCUGGGCCCGGGCAGAGCGUGCUCGGCGGGGUUGCCAGGGCGGGUGGGGGGUGGGUGGGGUGGGGCUGCUCCUUUCCCAAGUGGUGUUGUGAGGGGCAAUGAGGGCGACAGGAGAUGUGGGGACGUGUUAGGAGAGAGAAAAAAAACCCACAAAAAUAUAUAUGGGGGAAAUGAACUUUUUUUUUCAUUGAACCAAGUGCAAUGCAUCAGAGUUUUCCUAUCUUUGUAUGUUAAGAGAUUGUUAAGAAAAAAAAAUUCUAUUUUUGUUGUAAUGUCCUCGCGGCUCUGGGGACGCUAAAAGAACCGGGCCUGCCCCGCCCUGAGCGGGGAUAACGAAAGCUGAGUGUUUUUUCCUUUUAUUAUUUUUUUUUUGUUCGUUUCAGUUUUUUUUUUUUUAAGUCGUUUUCCUGCGUUGACGAGGAUGAUCUGGGGUUUUUAUUUGUUUCGUCGUUCGUUCUCGGUUUCGGUGGGAGGGCUGAAGGAAACGUUCACAUUUAGAGUUUUAAAAAAACACCUCGACAUUUAAAAAUUCAACCAACACUAGAUCAAAAAGGAAAAGGACGAGAGAAAAUUACUUUUAAGAUAAUUAAACAUAAAAACCCUGGUGCUUCUUACAUUAUAAAGUACGUUUUAAAGAACCCACAAACUAUUAUACAUAAGUUUAUGAAUCAAUUAAAUAUCCUGCACUUGUUAGGAACACGCAUAUCCCUUUGUUGAGUUUAACGGAACGGGACAGCGGCGUGCACCCAGCGGCUGGGCUGCUCCGGCCGCGGGUCUCCCCGGGCGCCCCCUUCCUGGGGCUCAGCGCCCCUUCCUCGCCCCAUCCCCGUUUGGGCACUGGGGCGCGGCGGGGGUCCCCGGCCCCUCCCCCGCAGAGGUCAAUGUCAACCAACAAACGUCCUUUCCCUCCCUCCCUCUCCGCCCCUGAGCGCCCUUCUUUGAGCCAGACACCAACUUGACCCUCACCAGCAUUAUCAGGAGCACGCUCAGCAAGUUGGUAGUUUACCCCCCACCCCGUUCCCAGCGCCCCCCAUUCAACAUCUCUUCUCCCAUCCCCGGCACCCUCCGGGGAACACUGGGAAGGCUCGACGCUCCAGGACAGGACCAGCCACGCUGACAGGUCGCUUUGCCCAGGCCGGUGCCCGCACGCACGCACGCACACGGCCCCGCACACAGUCCCGCCCCGCCCCGGCCCAUCCUACCCUGCAACCAGCCCUGUCGACUGCCUUACACACCCGCCCCCGCGCUGGCCGGCCGACCUAGUGCCUUGUUCUCACCCCCGUGCUGGCGGAGCGGACGCCGCGCUCUGGGUCCCAGAGGGGCUGGGUGGCUCAGACGACCCACCGCUUCCCCACCCCGACCGUGCUGGACAGACCCUCCCCCCUCACACACACACACACACACACACACACACACACACGAGAGAAAAUAAAGGAGCAAUAAAGUCACGAGAAUUUCGUCCCCCAAUCGAGAGCCCGAGGGGCACCCCAGCCCCACCUCUGCUCCCCCACCCCACCUACCCUUGGGGCGCCCCCCCUCCCGCCGCAAGCCAGCUUGGGCCAGCCCCGCUUCAGCCCCUCCGGGGAGAUCCGUGCGCCCGACCAGCACCAGCAUCGCGGACCGCAAAGGCCGCCCGUCCCGUCAAACAAGUUUCUUCUUAGGCUAAGAAACGCAGUAUAUACGAGUAUCUCUAUAUAUAGUACUAAUGGAUUUGGUGUGCUUCCCCCUUAGCGUCCCCUCCCUCUGCUCCUCCUUCAGCCUGGUCUCCCCCUCUCUCUGCCCUCCACCCCGUCUCUGCACUGAGAUACAUUAAGAAACAAGGGUAGUUUACUGUCUGUUUUGUUUUCUGGGUUUUCAGUGUCCUAGCGGAAUGCAAGUAGGCAGCCAGCCCGUCUGUUCCCUCUCCGCCCUGCCCCGCCCUGCCCCGCCCCCGUCACUGCGCUUCUGUUAUACCAUCUUUGCCUGACUCUCUCCGGCUUCUCCAUUGAAUGGCUAAUGUGUAUGUGAAAUAAAGAAAUAAAGAAAAACAAAAGC